AUGACGGCUCGGUCGACUUUCCACGAGGGAACCGGCUACGGCGGUGGCAGCAAGGGCGCAAAGACGCCCGGAGAGGCCCUGGAACUGGCCAUCAAGGAGGCGGAGACGGAUGCCUUCAAGCGAGCCCUACGAAGGUUUGGCGAGGCGCUCGGGAAUUGUCUCUAUGACAAGGACUACCUUGCCUGGAUUGAGAAGGUGCGCGGCCGAGAAGGCAAGCGGGACCCUGAAAAGUUGUUCAACGUCGAGACUCUUCUGCGGAAGCCGUUGAGCGCAUCUCCUGCAAGCCAGCCGAGCCUUUCUUCUGGGCCACAGCCGAGUUCCCGGGGUGGGGUAGACCAUGGUGGACGCCCUGUGUCCAAGGAUGAAUUUGAUGACGAUGAGUUCUUCGAGGAUCCAGGUUUGGACAUGUAG